AUCUCCAUUCGGCGAUUACACGGGACGGAACCCUCAAUUUCCUUCAUUCAGACGAUCGAGAUCUUUCCGCAAGCGCCAUCAUGCGAGCUUUCUUGGGUUUGGCUCUGGCCAUGGCCGGCCUCAUAGGCCAGUCAUUCGCCAAUCCCACCAUCGCACACGCGGGUGGUGUCAACGAUAUCGUCAUCACUGAGGACAACAUCUUGAACAGCACCACUGUCAGAGGAGGAGAAGGAUCUGGUUCCAUCUCCAGGAUCAAGGCCGCGCAAGCUGGAGCGUUCCCCAUCGAAGUCCACAACAACUUCGGCAAUGGCAUGUUCAUGUACAUCACUGGACGGGAUACCUCAGGGGCGCCGGUUCUCCUGGGUGCCAACGGCCAAUAUGUAUACCCCCAGGCGGACGGCACCGGUGUACCGAAAGAAAUCACCGGCAACAUUGCUAUCCCGUUGAACGGCCAAGGCCAGACCACCACGAUCACUCUCCCGCAGGCUCUGAUCUCCGCCCGAAUCUACCUUGCUAACGGAAACCUGAGAUUUUUCACAGUCAGGGACGGCAACGGAGUCUCCGCCAUCGUGGAGCCAUCUGCCGCGAACCCCGCUGACCCAUCGGCCGAAGUGCAGUGGGGAUUCAUCGAGUUCAACUACGACGGAGUCUUCGUCUUCGCGAACAUCAGCUUUGUGGACUUCGUCGGUAUUCCCCUCGGCAUGGGCGUGACUCUGGCCACCGGCGAGCAGCAGACUGUCCAAGGUCUCAUGUCGGGAGCCGUCAACAACAUCUGCAACGGCCUGAAGGCGCAGACAGCUGCCGACCGCUCCAUCUGGGACCGUCUGUGUGUAACCACUGGAUCCGGCCAAGCUCUCCGCGUUCUGGCCCCCAACCUAUACGAGUCCGGCCAGCCUGGUCAAUUCGGUGGCUACUACGACGGUUACAUCAACGACGUAUGGAACAAGUAUUCCAACGAGGACCUCUUCAUCAACACCCAGACUGGAGCCGGAACCGUCUCGUGCCGUGUUUCGAACAACCAGCUCAACUGCGCCGGCGACAACCGCGCCUACCCCAAGCCCACGAUCGGGGACAUCUGGGGUUGCAACUCCGGCCCCUUCGCCAUCAUCGGCAGCGACAACGACGUCCACCGCGCCGUCGUUCCCCGACUCUGCGCCGCUUUCUACCGCUCCACGCUCCUUCUCGGCGGCGGCAACGUCCAGCCCUCGCUUCCCGCCAACACGUACUACACCGUGAACCCCACGAGCCACUACGCGCGUCUCGUCCACCAGUACGAGGUGAACGGCCUCGGCUACGCCUUCUCUUACGACGAUGUCAACCCCGCGGGCGAGAACGCUGCUGGCACCGUUUCGGGCAACAACCCUACUCUCCUCAAGGUGACCGUAGGUGGCUGGUCUUAAAAAAUCGCUAGCUUGAGGAUGAGAGAGAGAUGAGGGACGAGGAAUGAGGAACGACGUUUUUGGACAACUUUCUUGUAUAUAGUUUAGCAUGGAUGUACAUACCAAAGGCAAAGCAUUUUUGAUCAACUA